AUGCACCACCCACAACGAACCCGCACCCGCGGCCCCCGCAACCGCAAGCCCACCGGAGGCAGUCCCCACGCACCUCCUCGCCCAUCCCCCGUCGUUGUCCCCACCAAUACAUUCACGCGCCCCGGCACCCGUGGUACCCUCUGGUUCCCCACCCGCCAACCCUCAAACCAGCACCCCCAAUCCCCACACCUCAAUGAGCGCCCCCAACCCCCGCAGCCCGCCCCCGAAGAUGACGGCCGUCUCUCCCGUGGCAGCAGCGACAUCAGACUCCCCAGCAUCGGAUCCUUGUCCGGCUCCGGUUUUAGCAGCGCCACUAGGCCCCCGCCCAGAAUCGAGGUCCCGCUACCAGUAGCGCAGGUGCGGGCGCAGGUGCAGCCCCGCCCAAAGUCGCUCGGGCAGAGUGUGGUCGUGGGUAUCCGUGUGGAGCGUAUGACCUCCGUCCUUGCCGCAUGGGAUAAGCGCUGGGAAGCUGCAUGUGAGCUUCCUAUAUCUCCCGAGGAGGAGGACAGUGUAGAGAAGGACAGCGAGGAGCAGGAAAGCGAGGAGGAAGAGAGCGACGAGGAGGAUAGCGAAGAGGAGGAGGACGAGAAGGAGAGAGCUCCUGCUCUACCCACCACCAUUACUAUCACCAUUACAACUCCAGCCAAAGACAAAUCCCAAGUCCUCGACGAGAAUAUAAAAGAGGAUGCAAAGGCCGAAGAACUACCUCCCUCCUCAGCCGGUGGUGUAGCGCUCCCACCCUCAGUGGUCGAGUAUCUGUAUCGCCCGAGGACCACGCGCGAGAUGCAGCUGGAGCAGUUGAAGGCCAAGAUCCCGUGGUUGGUUGGGCAGGGGACGUUGGGUGGCGCGGGGUGGAGGCCGCUGGAAGAGUAUUAUUGGGAUGAAGGGGGGUCGGGGAAGACCUGA